AUGUUUUUCUAUGGUUUACUUAUUUAUGGUUUUAGUAAAGAAUAUAUCGUUUUAUGGUAUGAUUUUACUGAAUAUUUUAUAUUGGCUAUUGCUGUUAUCGCUGUUGUUAAAAAACUUGGUCCAAUAGUUGGUGAUACUUUUCGAGGUUGGCAUAAAGAAGAAGUUGAUCGAUAUACUUCAAUUGUUAAUAAAUCAAAAGCAAGAAAUCGAUACGUGACUGCAUAUUUUUAA